UCGAUUGUUAAAGUAAAAAACAAUCGAAAUAAAGAACACAAAACAAAAUCAACAAAAAUGCCGGUUGUCGAAUUGGUAGUUGACCGCAAUUUGCUUUGCCCUAACUUUGAUGGCUACAAACUGUCCUUCGAUGCUGUACCAGUGCUACGUCAGGCUAUAGAACAGCCGCUGAGACGGCAACCACAUUCCAAUCAGUACUCGCUUUUACAUGUGGAACUUUUUGCAAGACACAAUUUGCUCUUUUCGGAUCCGUGGGCUCGACACAACUGUUACUUUAUAAACAAAGCGCAUCAGGUGGUUUUAUGCUCCUACGAUGAGCCACGCGGCCAGCCACAAGAGCAACGGAUUAUCUACAGCUUAGAGCGUGAUGACCAGGGUGAUGCCCAUCAGCAAAUCCCUGGUGACUAUAAUUACACGCUUCGAUUUAUUUCUGAAAAGUACUGUGUACUUUGCGAUGGCAUGCUCACAUGUUAUUUAUUGGACACUGGAGAUCGAGUGCGUGGCGCCUCCUGGCAGCAGGUCACGCGUUCAGCCAUUUCCGCGGACGAGUCACUGCGCGGCUAUGUACUCUACGAUGCACGCUUGGACAUAGUGCAGGAGCGCAAACAAAUCUCGCUUGUGGCUGGCCACGUUUUACGGCGGGAUGCUGCAACGGAAAAUGAAAUAGACACGCAUGUCAUGCAGCUCAACUGGUCACACUGGACCCAAGAUGAUACCGCUUGGACAUAUAACAGCUGCGUCCAGCUGGAGGUCAAAGGUUCUGUCUACUAUUGUGCCUUUGAGCCGCGCGCCGAAUCAUUGGUAGUCUGCUCCAAUGGUGAGCUACAAACACGGCAACAGCGUGAGGCGGCACAAGCCGAGCAUUCAGCUGCAGCUGCCACAGCAGCGCUGUCACGUACACGCCUACACAACGGCCUCGGACAGGUGGGAGUUGAUGAUUACAACUGGACACAGACGGCAGAGGAUGUUGUGGUGCGUUUUCCAUUAAAGGAUGGCGCAUCGCGUAAUGAUUUUAAUAUACUCUGCACUCAAAACCAGCUGGUGGUUGAAUGCCUAACGCAAACGCUGCUAAAUGGAGCGCUCUUUGCGGGUGUGGACAAUGAAUUGACCACAUGGACUGUCGAAUCAGAGCAAUUGCAGUUAACCUUAGUUAAACGGCAGGCACAACAUUGGCCACGUCUCUUAGAUGCUGAACAUGAAGCGCCGGCUGAGGGCUCAGCAACAGACAGUGACCAGAAUGUGGUGGAACAGCUGCCCAUACCAAACUUGGAAGAUCCCGUUGAAGAGUGUGAUUUUCCACUUGGCUCCAUGAAUGAUGAUAUCAAAAUGGUACGCUUUAGUUUGUCGGAUCUGAACAUCACACAUUCCAUUUAUUUGGGCGCUACGCCACCGCUCUUUGCCACCUCAUUGCGUGCCGGCUAUCCGGCGGCAUUUGCUACCCGCCAAGGCGUCGAUGCUGCCGUCUGGUUGCAGCUACAUCAACCAUCGAGGGAGUGGAACGUGCGCCAUGAAGGCACCUUGCAUGCAUUUGGCUAUGUGCAGGCUUCAAAGACGCAGCGAAAAUUCGUUGACUGCUGCCCAGAUCUGGACUAUGCCGUUAUAUGUGAAACUCAUCGCCAUGUGUUUAUUUAUAAGCCACGAUAUGAUUCUGCUGGUGGGCUGCGCAAUCGUAAUGGCCCACAGGUUGUUAUAGGCAAACAGAGCUUGGUUACCUUGGAUGAAAAUGUUGGUGAAGUCCUGGGGCUGGUUACUGCAUCUAAUGUGAUAACUGUGCUCACAGCUCAUGCUGUGCUAUAUUUACAAGUCUAACCAUUAUUGAUAAUAUUCAUUAAAUGUAUUUUUUGU